UCUCUCUCGCGCGCACAAUUUUCUGCGCCCCUGCGCGCAUUUAUAACUAAUUUUUUUUUUUUUAAUUUGUUUACUUUAAUUAUUAGAUAAUUUUUCUCAAUUACUCAAAUCACUGAGUAAUCUUAAAUUACAUAAUAAUGAACCUCUAAUCAAUAUAUUGAUUGACAAACUAUAAAUAAACAAAUUGAGGAAAAAAAAAAAAAUAUUUUUAUAUUGGCACACAGCCAUUUUUUCCCCAGCUGUAUUUUGAAUGCAGUUUAAAAAAAAAAACAAAAACAUCGACUCUGGAUGUUUGCUACAAUUUGCAAAUUGUCUUUGGAAAAUUCAAAAAUCAUCCUUAAAUUUUCAUCAUCAUUAAAUAAUUUUGUUGUUUCUUUAUUUUAUUCGAGACAAGUCAAGAUAUAAUAAUUUAUCAAUUUAUCAUCGUCAUGAAAUAAUAUAUUGAUAAUUAUCUCAAGCUGUAAAAACAUAUUAAUUUAAAUCGAAAAUUUUUUACUAUUUCUGUUAUUUUACUAUGACCUGAUUUCAGGAAAAAAAAAAAAAUCAUCUGCAGUUAUUUAGUUUUUUGUGAAUUAAUUUAUGAUAUUUUUAAAAUACGCAAGCGCUUUGAUAUCUUUUGUAAGAAUUAUUGAUUCAAAUGCGCAAGUGUAACAUAGUUAAACUUGUUAAACUUGUAUCCCUUACAAGUACAUUUAAAAAAUAAAAAUUAAACAAUAAAUAUUAUUUUAAAUUAAUUAAUAUUAUAUAUCAUUUAUCUAUUUAUUUAAUUUUUCUAAAAGUUUGCAACUUGUUAUUUUUUAUCUCCUUUUAAAAGAAAAUCAUUUGAUGAACAACAACAACCAGUUAUGGUUGGACCAGUAAAUAAUUCCAGAACGUCUUUUGAUCGUGGUAAUACGGAACUGGCAACUCUUUCAAAGGUGUAUCCAGUGAGCCCUGUAACAGGGCCAGGUGCAGCACGAUCAGUAUGGGAAUUAUCACCAGAUCCAGACAUGGUAGGACAUCUUCCCAACAAUCCAAUAUCCGGUAACAAUAAUCACAAUUCAAGUUUAACAAAAAGAUCAGAUGAAAAUAUAUACACUGAUGAAGCAACACCAGGUCAUGAUCCAAGUGAUGAGACAAAAAAAAUAUUUGAACUUCUUCGUGCGGGUGAAACAGAAAUAGUAGAAGAAUUGGUUGAAAAAAAUGGAUUAAGUUUAUUGAGUGCACGUGAUAAAUGGGGCUAUACACCAGCUCAUUGGGCAGCUUUAGAUGGAAAUAUUGAGGUAAUGCGUUAUUUAGUUGAAAAAAAUGGACCAGUUGAUUUAUCAUGUCUUGGUACACAAGGACCACGACCAAUUCAUUGGGCAUGUAGAAAAGGACACAGUGCAAUUGUUCAAAUACUUUUAAAGGCUGGUGUUGCUGUAAAUGCAGCUGAUUUUAAAGGUUUAACACCAUUAAUGACUGCAUCAAUGUUUGGUAAAUUUGCAACAGCAGCAUUUCUUCUUGGUUCUGGUGCAUUUGCUAAUUUAACUGAUAUUAAUGGUGAUACAGCAUUACACUGGGCUUCAUAUAAAGGUCAUCCAGAAUUAAUAAAAUUAUUAAUAUACAGUGGUGCUGAUUUACAAAAACCAGAUUAUUUUGGCUCAACACCAUUACAUCUUGCAUGUUUAUCUGGUAAUGUUAAUUGUGUUAAAAUAUUAUCACAAAAAAGUAAAGUUGAAUUAGAUCCAAAAGAUAAAAAUGGUAAAACACCAUUACAAUUGGCAAGAGGACAUCGUCAUUCAGAUAUUGUUGAAGUACUUGAGAGUGAACAAAAACGUAGAUCAAGAUGGAUACCACCAAUCAAUGAAUUAUGGAUAAUUUUAUUUGGUGGUGCUGGUAAUAGUAAAGGACCACUUUUAUUAUUUAUGAUAUCAGUUUUAUUAUGGGGUUAUCCUAUGUAUUUAUUAAAAUGCAUUCCAUUAACUUGGGAUUAUUUACGUGGUAGUCAUUAUUGUUUUAUUUAUUGGAAUAUUAUCAUGUGGAUAUCUUGGAUUGUUGCUAACAGAAGAGAUCCUGGUUAUGUACCUCAAAAUAGUGAUACUUAUUUUAGAGCUAUUAAUCAGAUACCAUACUUUGAUAAAUGGAAAAAACGAAAUGUUAUUUUAUCAAGAUUAUGUCAUAGUUGCAGAUGUUUCAGGCCACUUCGUGGAAAACACUGUAGAGUUUGUAAUCGUUGUGUAAGUUAUUUUGAUCAUCAUUGUCCUUUUAUCUACAAUUGCGUUGGUCUAAGAAAUAGAAUGUGGUUCUUUCUAUUUGUAAUGUGUGUGGCAAUAAAUUGUACAUUUACAUUGUACUUCGCUUGUUAUUGCAUUUCGAUUGAGGGUAUGCAGUUGAUGUACGUGUUGGGUCUGAUGGAGGCGCUUAUUUUUUGCGGACUCGGUUGGAUUCUAACAUGCACAUCAGUACUACAUGCUUGUAUGAAUUUAACGACAAAUGAAAUGGUUAAUUACAAGAGAUAUUCAUACUUGAGAGACAAAAAAGGAAAAUAUCUUAAUCCAUUUAGUCGUGGUCCAGUACUUAAUUUUAUUGAAUUUUUUCUUUAUCCACCGGAUCAUCAUACAACUGAUCCAAAACAUUAUCAAAUUUUGUCCGAAGAUAUGUAAUUGCUGAUAUUUUAUUAACAAUUAAUUAAUUAAUUUUUUCCUUUAAAUUAAUAUCUUUACAUUAAUUUUUUUUACGUAAAAGCUUUUUUUUUGAAUAAUCAGCUUGUUAAUAAUGUGUAAGAAAAAAAAAUAAUACAUAUAUUCAGGUGCUUUGAAAGACUCACUAAUGUCACACACGCAUAAAAAUAAAAUAAAUAAAAAAAAACACUAUGAAAUUAAAAUCUAUAUUACAUAUGUUAUAAAAAAUUUAAUGAUUUAUUUUUUUUUUUUCAUCAACUUUAAUCAAUGUUGAAAUAAAUACUUAUUUUGUUAAAAAAAUGAUGCCUGUCUUUUUCUCUUUUCAUUAGUUUAUUGCUGUAUAAAUUAUAAUCGAUUGACUUUUUAGAUUUAAUUAUAUUUUUAUUAAUCGUAAAUAAAUUUUCUAAUCUAUUUUGUUAAUUAAUAAUAUUGAGUAUAAAUUUAUUUCUUAAAUAUAUAUUAUUUGGAUUAUAUUAAUACAAAAAAUUCUUUUUUUUUUUUUUUAAUUAUUAAGCAUUGGCACCAACUUGUGUGAAAAAUUAUUUAUAAAAAAUUCAAGUUUGUUAUAAAAAAAAUAAAAAAAACAGGUUUACAGAGUAGAAAAUAAAUUUCAAAUAUAUAUAAAUAGAAAAAAAAUUCUUUAUGAAUUUAAUUGCAAAUAUCUUUGGUGCUAGAUUAUUUUUUAAAAUGUUUGAUAAAUAAUGAUGUUGAAUUUGUAAAAAUACGAUGAAGAUUUAUCUGUUUAAUUUUUUUUAAUAUAUAUAAAGUAAUGUAAUAAAUUUAUUAAAUCU